AUGGGUAUGUUGCUUUUACAUCGAAAGUGCGCUUGUGACAGAACAGUAAAAACUUUCAUAUAUAAAUUACAGAUAAAUUUCCCUUCAAGUAGUACAAGUUCCAAGUUUUUUCACAUAUGUGACCAGCUAGAUAAUAUUAUGAGCAGCUUCUUUUCUUUUCAACAUACGCAAUGGCGCGUGCAGAUGGUUGACCUUUUUUUUCUAAUUGUCGCAUUAGGAUUAGUGAAGCGCAUUGACGCAAUACCGGUCAGAUUGGCAAAAAGAGUGUCAAUCAACAAAUAUGUUACAAAAGCAGGCAUCACAUUUUUCCAAGAAGUCGCUAAUGAUAUAUCUCAAGUAAAAGGUAUAGUUUGCUCAGCUAGUGCUAUCGCUGGUGUGACCGGUUUAAUUGCUGCUGGCUUUGCUGUUUGUGUCGGGACUCUGGUAGUGGGAGCUAUGGCAUCCGCCUUAGCUGCAGGCCUCCGAGAAUAUGCUGCUGAUAGCCAAUGGGAAUGGUAUAAAGGUUCUGCUGAAGUGGGAAAACGAAGUGACGUCGUCAGUUUCGACCUUCCUAAACUUAAUAUGACUUUUUUUGGUGGCCCUGCUGUUACCUCCCAAUAUUAUGAGGUAAUUUCCACCUAUCUUUUGGAGCACACUUCUAAUAUCACAUUUCUGGCUCAAGCACAAACUGGUACUAGUAAUCAAAUUACAAAGCGUGACGAAGGUGACUACUUUGUUACAUGGACAUUUGAUAGGGGAGAUUUCAAUACUACUGUGUAUGCUCGUCCGGAAAGUGUGGCAUCAGCAGCAGCAGCUCUGCUGGACCAUAUAUCUAAUGGUACCACGCUUCAAAAAAGAGAUGAGGGAGAAUGGGCAUCAUUCAAUACUUAUGGAAUGAAUGUUAUUGCCUCAAAUUUAUGGAUGCUUGAUGAAGGUGAACAGAUUGAUGAAGCUGGGCCAGUCGUAGGGAAUUGGAUCACUUCGCAAGUUCAGUCAUGUACAAACAGUCCAGAAUGUUAUGCAGUUGAAAGUAAGUUUUGUCUCGCAAUUGGAGCUAGCUCAACGCCUGGAGAUACGUCAAUUAUUGUAGGCGAAGCUUAUAUUCAAGCAUUUGGAGGCAUAGACAACGAAUGCGACAGCUUAUAA